AAUAUGACUACGUCGCAUAACGCAGCGGAGUCUCAUAAUAUUUUCCGGUUUAACAAAUUACAUGAACAAUAUUUCGCCCCCCGCCACAGCGCGAGCGACCUUUCGCGCGCUGCAACUGACAUUUCACCGCGUUUUGGCGGCAAACGCGCGCGUCAGUCUACAUUCAGCCUAGUUUUGUUAGUAAAAAUAUUUAUUGUUAUCUGUGCAGCAGUUGUGAUUUAAUAUUUUACGUCAAAAUUAAUUUAGUUUAUUUAGUGUUUUGUUGCAAAUAAAAUGGACAAUAAGUGACAAUUUAUAGUGUUGGCAAUUUAGUGUGUUUAGAAAUUAUAUUUCGCCGGCAAUAUUCAGAUGGCUAAACAAGAAUGUAUCACCGCGGGAGGAAGAAAAUGAGGCAAUUUAUCAUCAGCACCCUCCUCGUGCUGAGCUGUCCAGCAUUCUCCCACGCCAAGUCCAUCGUCUCCACGCAGACACCCACCAAGUAUGGAGAGGACAACCUCGACAACAGCAUUAUCGACUUCGACGAGGAGUACUCACUCAAGUACAAUAAGAAGUAUGGAAUGAUACCAUGGAACUCUAACGAAAACUUCAACAAAGAAUCACAUAGAUAUACCAUAAUUAAGGACUUUGAUAAGAAAGUAGAUAGUAAUAGGAAUAGAACUGAAACCAAAUUAGACAUAACGUCUACCACAGAUUAUAGUGUCAUACCAUUAGAACUGUUAAGUACAACUGAGAAUGUUUUCGGAAGUUUAUUCGAGAGUACAAUCGAACCAGACUUGACGGUGAUACCGCUGUCUACCACGAGGAAGGCGCCCAAAGUAAUCAUAGAAGAAACGGUAACCUUACCGAGCUCUACGCCGGAGACAGACACAUCAACGUAUUACAGUGACGAUGAAACAACCACAGCCACUGAUAGUCCUGUCACAGAGAGAUACACAAUCAAACAAGCAGACUCUGAAACUACAACAGUAACAUACGAUACUACCACGGACGUCACUGAGCUGAGCACUUAUUUCCCUGCCACGAAUGCUACUGAAGCACACUUAGAAACAUCAACAGUAACCGUGGCCAACACAACCAAAGCAGCAAAUCUAAGCAGACUUGACUUCGGUUCUGACGAAGAUUCAGACGUGCCCAUCUUCACAGAACUAGACACAGAAGUACAGGAAGAAGUACCAGAAGAUUAUUAUGAUGCUAAGGACGUGGUUCCAACGACUGUGCCGAAGACUGAUGCGCUGUCCGUGAUAUUUGGGCUCGCAGGCAGUGUGGUUGAGAGUGUAGUGGAGAGUGUCGCUGAGAGAGUGGUGCCCAAGGGUAUAGUGGACUUGUUCAGGAGGAUGCAGAGGCAGAGUGAGAUGUUGGAGGCAGAGAGGCUCAGGAGUCGGGAGGAAAACGGUGGAAUUGGUCAGUUUGGCCGUGGUAUCCUGAAGACCAUCUCCUCAGGCAUCAGCAAGCCGCUCAGUCAGCUGAUGGCCGGAGCCAGGGACAUUGGUUCCCUGGACAACGACCGAGGGUUCGUGGCGAGCUUGGCGUCAGGAGUCACCAGCGUGGCCAAUGUAGCCAACUCCCUCGCAGACACCUUCAAAGAUCGGGUGCAGGCUAUUUAUCCAGGAACGGUAUGGUGCGGAGACGGGCGGUCGGCCACGGCUCGCUCCAGCGACCUGGGGCUGUUCUUCUUCACCGACACGUGCUGCCGCCAGCACGAUGCCUGCAAGCUGUACAUCAAGGCUGGAGAGACCAAAUAUGGACUCACGAAUACUGGACUGUUUACCAGGUCUCACUGCAGCUGCGACGCGAAGUUCCGCGAGUGUCUCCGGCGCACCAACUCCCUGGUGUCAGCUCAGAUCGGAGUCACCUACUUCAACAUCCUCGGCCCGCAGUGCUUCAGGAACGCGCAUCCCAUCGUCAAGUGCGUGAGGAAGACCAGGAUAACGGGACAGAAAUGUGAAGAGUACGAGCUGGACUACACGAAGCCAAAAAUGUGGCAGUGGUUCGACAACGAGACCUUCUGAUCAUGGUUUCGAGAAGACACGAAGUUACCACCUUCUCAGUAGACCGGAGAAGACCUGGCUUCUCAGUAGACCAGAGAAGACAGUCUUCCGUCUACUAUGGACACGAGAAUAACGUCAAAGAUCUGAUAUCUUUCGUAAAAGAUAUUGUGUCAUCUUUUGUGGAAAGAUGACGUCCAGUUUUUGGUUACAGUUAGACGCAUUUUUGCGCCACUACCUAGGACCGGUCUUGCCGAAAAUAAAUAUAGGAUUCUAACUUAACAAAAGGGUAAUUUCAUACAAUAAUAGUACAAAUAUUACUAAAAGAUCUAACAUGUAUGGAAAACCUUUUUUAGCAGCAGAAGUUAAACGAAAGCAUUGGUUUUAAUUGGCAAUAUCCCUAUUACCAUGUGUUUUAGAGGAUCAAACAGGAAUCUCACAGACUACAUAGUGUCUUGCCUAAUUAAAACCUCGAUAACAAUUUUGUUAAGUGACGUAGAUGAGUUGUGUGCAUAAAAAUUCUGGCGUGGUCAGAGCCGUAUUUAACCUAAAGAGCGCCCAAGGCAAGCGCCUAAUAAGCGCCCCUAUUUUUUUUUGGCACCACUGUCAUUCUAUUGGCAAUUGGGUACGUGCGUGCCGUGGCGCUCUUUUUUAACCUGGCGCCCUAGGCACUUGCUUGUCUUAAGGGUAAUGCUGCCCUGAUGCAUGGUCCCAUUGUUGAGAUGCACACGUAGGUAAUAUUUGCAGCUAAUGUAAAUAGUACGGUUAAGUUUUAAUAUUUAUUCCUUAAGAGACAAUCUCCCAUUCGUAUCGAGAAAGAUUUAUACUCAAUAAGAUAGAUUGUAAGCGUUUUUUUUAAUAUAAUAGACAAUAAUAAUCAUGAAAGUACAA